GGGAGCUGUACGUGGGAGGACUCAACAAGGGCAUGUUCAGCAGCCUCCCCAAGCUGGUGGCCUCCCGCGAAGGUUUCCAGGGCUGCCUGGCCUCCAUCGACCUGAACGGGCGCCUGCCCGACCUCAUCGCCGACGCCCUGCAUCGGGUGGGACUGAUCGAGCGAGGGUGUGGAGGCCCCAGCACCACAUGCCAGGAGGAUUCGUGUGCCAACCAGGGGGCCUGCAUGCAGCAGUGGGACGGCUACACCUGCGACUGCAGCAUGACUUCCUUCGGGGGAACCCUGUGCAAUUACCGUGAGUAA